GUUCUCCAUCAGAAGAGGUCCCAUGGGUCCCGAGGUCGCCUGCCGGUGGGGGGGCCACCCCCCUCACUUCCAGGUGAGGACCUGGAUCGAGCCCGUGGUAGCCUCGUCCCAGGUGGCCAGCUCCUUCUACGACGCGGGAUUACUCCUGGUGGUGAAAGCGUCCUUCGCAGCCGGGGGCUCCUCCAACUACAGCACCAGCCCGUCGCCCCAGGGGGAUCCAGAGGAACAACAGCAGAAGGCCAUCUCCAAUUUCUACAUCAUCUACAACCUCGUCGUGGGCCUGACGCCCCUGCUGUCCGCCUAUGGGCUGGGCUGGCUCAGCGACCGCUACCACCGCAAGAUCUCCAUCUGCGUGUCGCUGCUGGGCUUCCUGCUCUCCCGCCUCACACUGCUGCUCAAGGUGCUGCUGGACUGGCCGGUGGCAGUGUUGUACGCGGGUGCAGCGCUCAACGGGCUGGGCGGCGGCUUCUCCGCUUUCUGGUCCGGGGUCAUGGCGCUGGGAUCUCUGGGCUCCUCUGAAGGCCGCCGCUCCCUGCGCCUCAUUGUUAUCGACUUGGUCUUGGGCUUGGCGGGGUUCUGCGGGAGCAUGGCCUCGGGUCAUCUCUUCAAGCAGAUAAUCGGGCACUCUAGGCAGGGCCUGGUGCUGACAGCCUGCAGCGUAGGCUGUGCCACUUUUGCUCUUUUCUAUAGCCUCUUGGUGCUCAAGGUCCCUGAACCCAUAGCCAAGGCCAACAAGAAGCUCCCUGCAGUGGAUACGGAGUCUGGUAUAGUGGGCACCUACCGCACCCUGGAUCCUGAUCGGCCAGAAAAGCAAAAUGUAGUGGUGCACACUCCACCUCCUGAAAAAGGCAGACCCAAAAGAACCAUCAUUGUCCUGCUCUUUGUGGGUGCCAUCAUCUAUGACUUGGCUGUAGUAGGCACGGUGGACAUGAUGCCUCUUUUUGUGCUGAGGGAGCCUCUCAGUUGGAACCAAGUGCAGGUGGGCUAUGGUAUGGCUUCCGGGUACAUCAUCUUCAUCACCAGCUUUCUGGGCGUCCUGGUCUUCUCCCGCUGCUUCCAGGACACCACCAUGAUCAUGAUUGGGAUGGUCUCCUUCGGGUCAGGAGCCCUCCUCUUGGCCUUUGUGAAAGAGACAUACAUGUUCUAUGUUGCCCGUGCCGUCAUGCUGUUCGCCCUCAUCCCCAUCACGACCAUCCGUUCAGCCAUGUCCAAACUCAUCAAUGGCUCCUCUUACGGAAAGGUGUUCGUCAUACUGCAGCUGUCCCUGGCUCUGACCGGCGUGGUGACAUCCACCGUGUAUAACAACCUCUAUCAGCUUACCAUGGACAAGUUCCUGGGCACCUGCUUUGUUCUCUCCUCCUUCCUCUCCUUCCUGGCCAUUGUCCCGAUUGGCAUCGUGGCCAAUAAACAAGUCCCAUGGUUGCAAUAUGGAAACACGUCCGAGAAAUGAAGGCACUGACCCGCAGAAGCUGAAAACACCAGCCAUGGCCAAGUUCCCUUGAAGACAAGGAAGGGUCCAGAGAAUUGGUGACCACAGCAAACUCACUGCCCAAGAAACCCGAGUCCCAGCCAGAAUCAGCCUCUGAAUGAUCUGCUCUGGCUCAGGGGUCCCUGGUGGGUGGGGUAAGCACUUUCUGAGUGAUAGAAGAACUUUCUUAGCUUUCAGAUGCCCAUUAGGCAAAGGUUAGGUUCUGUGGGUGCAGGCUGUGUGCACAGCCAACCCAGGCCCUAGAGGGCAGCUGUGGCCAGCGGGCACCCUUUCUUCUGGGGAUUGUCUGGAGGGCACCAACACAGGCUGACUGGUCACUUGGGUGAACCAAAAGCCUUCAUUUUCAACAGCCUGGGGGAAUGUGAGAGGGAUAUUUUACAAGAACUUGCAACAGUUUUGUGUAAACAAUAGUAUCUUUCAAAUUAAAAUAAAACCUUGAAAAAAAAAAGUUAGCUUUCUUUCCUGAGGCCUUGUUAGCUGAACACUCAGGAGAGCAAUGGAGCUCAGGCCGGAGCGGCAAUGUUGCCCUCCUCACUGUUGCUCUUAAGAAACAAUUUUAAGAACUUCCUUAAUGGAAUA